AUGGUCGUCGUGCUGCUCUCGCUGUGCCGGCCGCCGCCAUGGUCGUCGUGCUGCUUUCGCUGUCCCCGCUACCGCUACGCUCGCCGUGACGCUGUGACCGGGCUCACCAGAAUACUGCCCGACGGUCGCCCGUGCCGCCGCCAUGCUCACCAUCUCGCCAUGCUGCUGUCGCUGUGCCGGCCGCCGCCAUGCUCGUCAUGCUGCUCUCGCUGUCCCCGCUACCGCUACGCUCGCCGUGACGCUGUAGCCGGGCUCGCCGAAAUGCUGGCCGACGAAAUGGAGUUCAAAGCCCGACAAAUCGUUGACGACUACCGGGUGUAUUGGGAGGACUGCCGCGCGUAUAUGCAGUACCCGCCUCGGCUCUUCGUGAUCAUGAGAGGCCUCCCGGGCAGUGGGAAGACAACGUUUGCUCAAGAGCGCGAAGGAUCCUAUGUGUUCGACGCGAGUCGGCUUUGGGAGGUGCAUCGAAGCUGCAACGAACAAUGCAGAGAACUCCUGUGGCGCAGCCCCGACCGUGGCGUGGAUAUCGUUAUCGUCGACAACUGCAACCUUCGGAUGGAUGAUUUUGAGCGCUAUCAGGAUCUGCACAUUCCCUCGGACAAGCUUGCGUACUUCAACAUCUGGAGACACAACGCACCGGAGGAACCGCGCCUAGACAACGAGGUGGACACCGUCGAUGAGCUGCACAUCGAUAACGAGCUGACCACCGUCAAUAUGCCGCGCGCCUACAUCAUCACGCUGGAAGAGUUUAUGCGCGCCCAUGACGAGGAUCAAGAAAGCUGCAAAGGCGAUGGACAAGCCAGCGACAAAGCGGACGAGCGCGCCCACUGGCAAGUCAGCAAACGCUGCCAAGACCACGCCUGCCACCGGCAAUGCCCCAAGCAGAAGCGGAAGAAGGGGGAGGGGCCAGACACUUCGCCAGACACUUCGCCAAGCCCCCGUAAGCAGAGGAAGACUGCCAAGAAGACUGGCGAAGGAUCCAACGUGACGACGCGCGAGUUGGGCGCCGCGAGUGCAUCGGAGGACGAGGCGACGACUCGCGAUGAAGAGACGACUCCCCUGGUACCCAAGCACGCGCUCCGGUCCACGUGCUUGGCUCUACAAAAGAAGAUCGCAGACGAAAAGGGCGAGCACCGGCAAGGCCCACGGCGCAAGGCAGGUGAUUACUACAAGAUGGCAGACUACCAGAAGCGUGUGUGGGCGGAGAAAUACACAGCUGCUAGGAACAGCAGCAACGACUUGGACUACGAGGCUUUGAGCAAGUUGACUCAAUUCAAGGCGUUCAAAAACAACCCAGAAGAGCUCCAGCGUCACGAGCCUGCGCUGCUGAAAGAGUUCUACGAGUUUUACUUAGCGGACCAAGCCCUGAAAGCAGACGCACACGCGCAGACCGCUGGAUCGGGUUCGUCGAAGCUAUCGCAACGUGGCGGAGCCGAGCACCUGGCGAUCGAGCAAUGCGACAUCCAGGCGGCUCAGCAGCUUACCGCAGCCAGAAACCAAGCAUCGCUAGCGUCAGACCAAGCUCCAGGGCCUCCAAUCUCGCAGACACCCGUGGCCGUGCAGGAGGAAGCACUGCAGCAGUUCCGAGAGAAGCUGGAUGAAGAGAAGCAGCAAGGGGCUCGACAGCUGGAGGAGGUACAAGCACGCUCAAGGAAAUUAGAGGAGCAGUUAGCAGCCGCUGCGAAGGAGCUGGCCGAACUUAGGAAUGAUGGCAGUGGUGAUGGCAGUGGUGACGACAGAUGUACCGUGAUAGCGCAUGAGUGGAAGAAGACGGCUGCAAAACUAGCCGAGGAGAAGGCGAUUUCAAACAAUCUACUUAAGGCGCAGGCUAGUCAUGCUAAGAAACUCCAGGAUGUGCACGAAGACAUGAACAACCUCACGAGAGAGGUGGACGAGCGCAAGAAAAAACUGGAGGGCCGGGAGAACGAGGAGGCUACGAGAGAUAAGAAUAUGGAGAACAAGGAGGAAGAACUACAAGUCAAAGCCGAGGAGCUGCAAUCUCAUGACGCCAAGCUCAAAGAGGAGGACUGGCGUCUCUGGAACGUAACGCAUCGCCUGCAACGGGAGCGGGAGCAGUUGGACGCGGAUAAAAAGAAACGAGAGAAGCCGAGUCGAGCGAAGCAACAAGGAGGCCGAAUAUCGCUGAAGCAGGCGAAGAUUUUGAAUGAAAUGAAGCGCCAGACCCGGCUCCUGGAAGAGCAGUUCAAGAACAACGGGUGCCCAGCUGCGUUUAAAGAGCUCGAAGCCAACCGCAACCGGAUCGAGGAAGAGAGGGCGGCGAUGCAAGCAGAACGGGAUGGAGUGAGAACGCAGUUGGAAUCGAUGAAGGCUGCGCUAGAGGCGGUGAAAACGGAGAACAGCGGAUUGCAAGACACCAUCGCGAGACGAGAGCUGCAGCUGCAUACGUACAAGUAUAGCGCGGUGACCAAGGGAGCUAUCGAAGAGUUCACAGAAUGGAACGCCGAGAUCCGAAAUGAAGAAGCGCGACUCAUUCUGGGCAAAAUGAAGGAGGCGUUUGGAUCGAAGACGGCGGACGCUGAAGAGUUCAAGGCGCUUGCGGUCGAGUUCUGGGUGAAAAGAAAUGAGUUGGUCCACGACAAGACAGGUACCGUCAUUCACUCGAUGGACCACGGCAGAUACGCGUGUGUAUGCGCGAAGAUAAUGGAAGCAUUGGCUGCGUUUGAGAGUGCCAUCCUGCUGUAG